UCUUCCAAGAAAUCAGAUCACUUCUAUUAAUCAUGUUCAUCUUGCAACUGUCACAAUCUUUGCACCUUUUGUUUUUUUUUACAAUACAGGCACAUUUUAUAUUUUACUAAUACCGGUAACCCCCACUAUUCACGGAUAUACGCAUGUUUUUUUUUUACUGUGGAACCUAUCCUCGGCUAUUAAAUGAAACACUUAAAUGUUUUUUGUGCUCUUUAUAAACCUUAAGAAAUGUGCCAAAGCUACUAAAGUAUUGACAGUAUUUGUGUUGAUGAAGUAUGUUCAAGUUGCACAUAUCGACUGUGAGAGUAACAUCUGUUUCUGUUCAGGAGGCGCAAAGUUUAGCCUAGGUUGUUUGUGGAAUUUACAAAUUUUUUUCAUGAUUGCAAGUAAAUAACCAUACUUUGGCAAGAAAUAAUAUUGAUUGAGAAUUCUUUAUUUUUUUUUGUCAAAGAGGAGAUAAAAAAAUAUUAAAACAAUAUUUUAGCAUUUUUUCCGUUAAAUAGGUUCCAUAUUUACUAAAAUAUUAGUAAAAAAAAUUGAACAACAUAAAUAUUUACUCUGUGGCGACAACAAAAUAAAGAUUAACCAGGAGGAAAGCUCUUCAAGCCUAAUUUGCAAUGAAAAUGUUUAUUUUUAUCCAAUCUUUUUAUAGUCACUAUUACAGGUUAAAUGGAACUCUUUUGACAAGCAUGAUGAUGCAGUCAGAUGACUAUUCCGCUGAUGUCAUUGACCAUCCUUUGUUUUGGUAAAAACCUGUGGGUUCUUGCUCAAUGAUGUAUUACAAAAUCAUUGUGUUCGAUGCAUCACAAUGAUUAAUGUCAGGAUGUAUGACCGAUCGUCACAUGUCAGCCUUCCUCCUUGAAACCGGAGCUUUUCUUGACUGCGGAGCCUCACUUCUCCUUUGACCCCUGCUGAUGUUAGCGCAACUUGGCGUCAGCAUAAAAGCAUACCAAGUGUGGACUUUAAACCCAAAUGAACUCAGCGGCCGGUAGAAAAACAAAAAACAAAAUGGCCCUUUCUUAGUGCAAGAAAGCAUUGUUGGUUGCAGAAUUUCCCAACCUUUAUUGCGACAAGGUUCUACUACGAGUCUUAUUUAUGCAAUGGGUGUACCUGCACAACAACUGAUUACAUCCAUACAGUAAGCAACUGAGCACUGUCAGCAACAUGAAGGCAAUAAACAAAUUGGAGCUUUGAGCUGCAAUGAUGACAUGUUCAAAGGGCAAUCAGAAGUACGGCUUACCCAAGUGCACGUUAUCUUCUUGUGUAUGUGAGACACAAACAGCCAUGGUGGAAACUGGGGAAUUGGCAAAGCCUGAGAGGAGCGGGAGAUUAACUGUGGUCCUGGCACUGGCCACACUUGUAUCUACAUUUGGCUCAUCCUUCCAGUAUGGAUACAACGUAGCUGCCAUCAACUCUCCAGCACCAUUCAUGCAGCACUUUUACAACGUCACUUUCCUCGAGCGUUACGGUGAGCCAAUGGGGGAUAACCUGCUGACUCUGCUGUGGUCUCUGUCAGUGUCUAUGUACCCCCUGGGAGGCUUCUUUGGCUCUCUCAUGGUGGCCCCACUGGUCAACAAACUGGGAAGAAAGGGAACACUCCUUUUCAACAACAUCUUUUCCAUUGUCCCCGCACUGAUGAUGGGAGUCAGUGAGCUGGCCAAGUCCUAUGAGAUCAUUAUCGUGGCUAGGUUCAUAGUGGGCAUCUGUGCAGGUCUUUCAUCCAACGUGGUGCCCAUGUAUCUGGGCGAACUGGCCCCCAAAAAUCUGAGAGGAGCCAUUGGGAUCGUACCGCAGCUCUUCAUCACCAUUGGUAUCCUGAUUGCCCAAGUGCUUGGAAUCAGAAACGUACUUGGCAACAGCACAGGUUGGACCCUCCUGCUGGGCAUUACCGGCAUUCCUGCCGUGAUAGAGCUCAUGCUGUUGCCGUUCUUCCCAGAGAGCCCUCGGUACACGCUCAUCCAGAGGGGUGAUGAGAUCACGGCAAAGAAAGCAUUACAGAGCCUGCGUGGCAGGGACGAUGUGACUCAAGAGCUUUCAGAGAUGCGUCUAGAAGACCAGUCGGAGAGGAUGGAGGGACGCUUGUCCGUUCUGUCCCUGCUUUCCCAGCGCUCCCUUCGUUGGCAGCUGGUCUCCAUCAUCGUCAUGAAUAUGGGACAGCAGCUGUCCGGGGUGAAUGCGAUCUACUACUAUGCUGACAGCAUAUAUGCCAGCGCAGGGGUCGCGGAGAAUGACAUCCAGUACGUCACAGUUGGGACGGGUGCGGUGAAUGUCUUAAUGACCGUAGCGGCAGUCUUCAUUGUUGAAGCCUCAGGACGACGACUCCUACUCCUCUGUGGAUUUGGGAUUUGCUGCGGCGCAUGUGUCUUGCUCACGGUUGCGCUCACUUUCCAGGAAAGGGUGACAUGGAUGCCCUACGUCAGCAUCACGUGUGUCAUCAUCUACAUCACAGGUCAUGCUAUUGGACCCAGUCCCAUCCCUUAUGUGGUGACCACUGAGAUGUUCCGGCAGUCGGCCAGGCCCGCAGCCUUCAUGGUGGCCGGCUCUGUCCACUGGCUCUCCAACUUCACUGUUGGCCUACUAUUCCCUUUUAUGGAGAGAGGCCUAGGCGCCUACAGCUUUGUCAUUUUUUCUUUUAUUUGUCUGGCCACACUGAUCUACAUCUGGCCGGUGGUCCCUGAGACCAAGAGCAAGACCUUCCUGGAGAUCUGCCAUAUGUUUGCCAAGAGGAACAGAGUGGAGAUCAAACUGGGCGAUGGGCCACUGAAAGGGAGCAAAGAAAACCUGCAGGAUGGAGAGAAGGUCACAUCCUUUUGAAGACACCAAUAGAUCCUUUACAGAAGAGGAAGUCCUCGCUUUGGGGGGCCAGGAGGAUUGUAUUACACUGCAUGUUCCUCUUGUGUUUUAAUGAACUUUUGCACAGGGUCUUUUGUUGAAAAAUACAAAAAUAACACA